AUGCCUCGAGUAGACCUUCCUCUUGAUAUCCAGCAGGGCCUUGACCCUCUCUUCCUUCAGGCCCUACAGUCCUUUGGCGACUCCUCUGAAGACGAGGGCGACGACCUGCUCGACCCUACCGGUCUCGACCUACCCCCUCUCGACCAUAUUUCCAUUCCGGAUUCCGGCUCUGAAGGCGACAGCUCACACAAGAGCUCUGGAGGUCUCUCUCCCCAUGCAAGCAGAGACGGGGGUGACGAUGACUUCUCCAGGUCACUGCCCUCCUUUUCCCCUGGGCCCUCGGAUUCGUCCGGCUCUUCGGGGCUCGACCCUUCUCCUCUUGAUCAGGACAGCCCUAGACCUUCACCUGUCAGGCAACCCAGGGAAGGGAGCUGGAGAGUGAACAGUUUGAGAGGCAGGGGAUUGCAUCGGCAUUCUGAAAGGUGCGACGAGGGCGACGACCUGCUUGACCCUACCGGUCUCGACCUACCCCCUCUGGACCAUAUUUCCAUUCCGGAUUCCGGCUCUGAAGGCGACAGCUCACACAAGAGCUCUGGAGGUCUCUCUCCCCAUGCAAGCAGAGACGGGGGUGACGAUGACUUCUCCAGGUCACUGCCCUCCUUUUCCCCUGGGCCCUCGGAUUCCUCUGUAUCUAAUGCAUGA